CCCGUUUGGCUAUUCAAAUUUGAUGCCAUUAGCCUACGCAGCCCCCCUUUAUUCUCUCCUCUUUCACCAUCUCUGUUGUGGUCUCCUCAUGACCACGUUCACCUAUGACUCAACCCAACAACAACACUCCUCCAUUUUCUAACUCAUCCCACAAUAUCUUAAUGAACUCUUCUCACUGUUAUCAUCCUCAGUUUCACCGCUCGAAAUGUUAAAGACCCUUAAACCCAGGCGUUUUUCUCAUCUGGGCCGUCUUCAAUUUUCUUCAAUACCCGAAAUUAGUGAACAAUUUGAUUCCUUACAUACAGGAGAGAAAAAGAAAUUCUCUUUCAUUAUUUCAAAGGUUUCUGAAAUUUUGUCUAAUCCGCGAAUGCAAUGGAAGACAAGCAGAGAGCUUGAAUCCUUGAGCUCCAAAUUAAGACCCCGCCACGUGGCAAAACUCGUUGAGAUCCAUGAAAAUACUGAGGUAGUUUUGCAGUUUUUUUAUUGGGUUUCUAAGAGGCAUUUUACAAACACAAUAUGAGUUGUUAUGUUUCGAUGUUAAAUAGGCUUGUUUUUGAUAAGAAAUUUGCUCCUGCUGAUCAUGUGAGGAUUUUAAUGAUCAAAUUUUGUAGGAAUGAGGAGGAAAUGAAAUGGGUUAUUGAGUAUUUAAGUGAACUUAGCAGAAAAGGUCUUGGGUUCAGUUUGUAUAGCUUUAAUACUUUGUUGAUUCAGUUGGGUAAGUUUGGCUUGGUUGAGGAAGCUAAGAGUGCUUAUCAAGAAAUCAUGAGUAAUGGAAUCGAGCCAAGUUUAUUGACUUUUAACACUAUGAUAAAUAUAUUGUGCAAGAAAGGGAGAGUUCAGGAGGCCAUGUUGAUAAUGAGUCAUAUUUAUCAGCGUGAGCUGAGUCCUGAUGUAUUUACAUAUACAUCUUUGGUUCUUGGGCAUUGUAGGAACAAGGAUUUGGAUGCAGCAUUUAUGGUGUUUGAUAGGAUGGUUCAGGACGGAAUAGAUCCGAAUGCAGCAACUUAUACCACUCUUAUAAAUGGACUCUGCACGGAGGGAAGAGUCGAUGAGGCUUUGGGAAUGCUUGAGGAGAUGAUUGUGAAAGGCAUUGAACCCACUGUGUAUACAUACACAGUUCCAGUUAGUUCCUUGUGUGCAGUCGGACGGGAGAAGGAGGCUGUUGAUCUUGUUGUGAGCAUGAGAAAGAGGGGGUGUGAACCGAAUGUCCAGACAUAUACAGCUCUAAUUAGCGGGCUGUCUCAGUCUGGCCACCUUGAAGUAGCGAUUGGAUUGUACCACAACAUGUUGAGAAAAGGCUUGCUCCCAACUAUGAUUACUUUCAAUGUAUUGAUAAAUGAGUUAUGUGGAGCAAGAAAAGUUGGCAAUGCUUUUAGAAUUUUUCGUUGGAUGGAAGCACAUGGAUACGUACCUAACACUAUAACUUGCAAUGCACUUAUCCAUGGAUUAUGCUUGAUUGGGGAUAUUGAAAGGGCAAUGGUUCUACUCACUGAAAUGCUAAAGGUGGGUCCGGCUCCUACAGUGAUUACUUAUAAUACCCUCAUUAAUGGCUACCUUCAACGGGGCUUUCUCGACAAUGCUGUGAGACUGCUGGAUUUGAUGAAGAACAAUGGAUGUAAACCUGAUGAAUGGACUUAUGCAGAACUUGUUUCUGGUUUCUGCAAGAGGGGCAAGCUUGACUCGGCUUCAGCUCUCUUCCAGGAAAUGAUAAAGCAUGGUUUAAGUCCAAACCAGGUCAAUUAUACAGCUUUAAUCGAUGGUCUCUCCAAGGAAGGGAAAGUGGACGAUGCACUCGCAUUACUUAAAAGGAUGGAGGAGAGUGGUUGCAGUCCGGGCAUUGAAACAUACAAUGCUAUUAUAAAUGGUUUGUCCAAACAAAAUAGGCUCUUGGAAGCAGAGAGACUUUGCAAUAAGAUUGCAGAAAGUGGACUGCUCCCAAAUGUCAUCACCUACUCAACUUUGAUUGAUGGGCUUUGUAGGAAUGGUGGGACUCAUCUUGCAUUUAAAAUUUUCCAUGAUAUGCAGAGAAGAAAUUGCACACCGAACCUGUAUACAUACAGUUCGCUUAUCUACGGUUUAUGUCAUGAAGGCCAGGCUGAUAGUGCAGAGAGCUUACUCAGAGAAAUGGAGAAAAAAGGGUUAACUCCUGAUUAUGUGACAUAUACUUCACUAAUUGAUGGUUUUGUAGCAUUGAGUAGACUAGAUCAUGCGUUUUUACUUCUUCGCCAGAUGGUUGAUAAGGGUUGUGAACCAAAUUAUAGAACCUAUGGUGUCUUGUUGAAAGGAUUGCAACAGGAGUGUCAGUUGAUUUCAGGGGAGGUCGCAAUCCAGCAUGAAACAGUGUAUAGUAGCACAGGUAGCAAGAAGGAUGUUAGUUUUGAACUGUUAUGUACUCUCUUAGAUAGAAUGUCUGAAAUUGGUUGUGAGCCAAAUACAGGCACAUACUGUACUUUAGUUCUUGGCCUUUCUAGAGAAGGAAAAACUGCUGAGGCAGACCAGUUGAUAAAACAUAUGAGAGAGAAAGGCUUCAGUCCUACUAGUGCAGUAAAUUGCUCUCUUAUAGUUUCUUACUGCAAGAAUCUGAAAAUGGACGCCGCUAUGGAAAUAUUUGAUUCAUUGAUUCUACAAGGUUUUCGGCCUCCUUUGUCAAUUUAUCAAUCACUCAUUUGUGCUCUCUGUAGAAAAAGCCGACUAAAAGAAGUUGAAGUGUUAUUUGAAAACAUGCUUGGGAAACAGUGGAACAGUGAUGAGAUUGUUUGGACCAUCCUGAUUGAUGGUUUACUCAAGGAGAGAGAAUCUGAAUUGUGCAUGAAGCUUCUUCAUGUCAUGGAAUCCAAGAGCUGCACUAUUAGUUUCCAGACAUAUGUUAUCUUGGCAAGAGAAUUGUCCAAACUAGAUGGUUAAAUGAUGCAAGUCAAAUGAAUUUUUUGAGGUGCAACUGAUCUGCAGCUCCACAAAUCAGAAAUAAAAGCUGCUCGGCAAAUGCAAGUAAGCUGAGUUUUGGCUGAGCUUCAUGUUGAAGGAGCUGACCUUUGCAGGUCAAAUGCAGAAGGUAAAUUUACUCCACUACUUGAGCUACUAUGCAAGGAGAAAAUUUCACUGAGUCAGAAAUCCUGGAAGUGAGAAGGACAGAGCAAAGGAUUUUCACAGUAAAAGUCCCUCUCUCACAGAUUACUGAGAAGGGCGGAACAGGCACUUUCUGUAGUCUUCAGUAUAGCACUAAGGGGUCGUUUGGUACAUGGGAUAAGAAUAAUAAUCCCAGGAUAAAAUAUGGGAUUAACUUUAUCUCAUAUUUGGUUCGGGGUAUUAACUAAUCCCGGGAUAACUUUUACACUAAAAUGGUGGGAUUAGUUAUCCCACGUAGAAGGCAGGAUAACUAAUUCCAUGGGAUAUCCCACCCCAUGGGAUAUUCUACCAUUGUACCAAACGACCCCUAAGAGUGCAAAUAAAACUUUAAGUCUUUGUUUGGUUGGCAGCUAGGGGGGGCAUCUUUGCUACAGAAAAUCUGGGGAAGAGAAAGAUCAUUCAUCAGUUGGUGUUAUAUGUGUAUGAGGAUCCAUUUCGAUAGUUGUCAAUUCUCACCUGCUUAUGGCAUUUUUCAUGUCCAGCGAAGUAGGAAUCAAGCCUCAAGGCAUCGACUAGAGCAGCCAUAUUGAUUCUUUGACACAUAUACCUCGGUCCAAAGGUUCAUUCUUUUUUCUCUUCUUUCUUCUCUAAUACUAGAUUCAUGUAAAUUUUAGAGUGUAGUUCCAUUUUUUGAAUUAACAUGGAGGUAUAACAGAGCAGUUUGAUGUACAUAGAUCCUGCUUAGCUUCAGAAAUCUUUGUUAAUUGAUGAACAUCUACUUUGUGUCAUUGUAUUUAUGAUUUCGAGUUGAGCAGGAUGCUGUUUGUACUUGUAUUGCUUUAGACAUAGUUACAGGUAAUAAGAUAUGUACACAUAAAAGUUUUUUGGGUUUUA